GAAAAUGGGUGAAAAUGGGCGCCCAUUCCUGAUUGGGGUGCGCUCAGCACGGCCGUUUCCUUUUUACGGUCAGCGGAUAAUAGAAUUCAAAGAAAAUGAUGGCAGAGGGAGAAAUAGAAGCUGGUAGCCCUAGCGAAAAUGGAGAUAAAUUCACAGACGGCGACGAUGAAGGCGAGGAGCAAUCAUCAGUUACCGCUGGACCUGAAGCUGGCGCAAAUGCUAGAUUCUUCACUCGCAACGCUUCCUCCAAGUACGAUUUCGUCAAGGUAAAAGUAUGGUUGGGUGAAAAUGCCAAUCAUUAUUAUGUUCUAUCGAGGUUUUUGCUCAGUAGAACCUUAACUGUCACUAAGAUACCAAAUCAUGUGGCAGUUAAAAUUGCUCUCGAACUUAAAAAGCUUCUUGUGGAUAACACCCUUCUUGAUGUGUCACAGUCAGACUUGGAAGCCAAUCUGUUCAAGCUUAUGGAGCGUCGAGGUUAUGGGGAAGAGUAUAUAAACCGCUACAAGAUGAUGACACGAUUUCACCAUCAAAGAGUGCCUCUGGUUAUUCUGGUAUGUGGUACUGCUUGUGUUGGAAAGUCCACAAUUUCUUCCCAGCUUGCACAGAGGCUGAACUUGCCAAAUGUCUUAAAGACUGAAAUGGUGUACGAAUUACUGCGGACAUCAACUGAAGCACCUUUGUCAUCAACUCCUGUAUGGGCACGUAAUUUCAACUCUUCAGAUGAACUAAUAACUGAAUUUUGCAGAGAAUGCAGAGUAGUUAGGAAAGGUCUGGCUGGUGAUUUAAACAAAGCGAUGAAAGAUGGAAAACCAAUAAUAAUUGAGGGAAUGCAUUUAGAUCCCAGUAUAUAUCUGAUGGAUGAAGAAAACAAAUCACCAUCAGCUACACCAUCCAGGGAGGGCGGAUCAAAGUCUGAGAAAGUGGUUGACAAAAUUGAAAUUCAUAACCACAGUAAUUCCUCUGCUGGACUUGAUGGUUUGAGCUAUAAUCAAGGUUAUAAUUCUGAAAAUAUGAAAGUAGCUUCCAAUGUUGUGGCUGAUGACUUAAAUAUGGCUAGAGGUGCUUUGGAAUCCUCAUUUCAUGAAAUUAAAGAUGAUGCAGUUAAGGAUUCAACAUGUGAUAAAAAACCUUCUCUUCAGAAAGCAAAAUCUGGUGCUGAGCCAAUUAUCGUCCACAUAGUUCUUAACAUGGCUGAAUUUGAUCAUGGGGCAUUGCUUGAGGAGUGGAUAUCAACUCGUACAAGUAGAGAGAAAUACCCAUUCCAGGAUGAAGACAAGCUAAGGAGCAACUUAAAAGUCAUUCAGGACUACCUGUGUUCGUUUGAGUCACGGGGUCUAACUGUUGUGAACAUAUCAGCUGCUGCGUUUCCUCAAGCCCUAGAUUGGCUACACAAUUUUCUUCUGCAGCGCAUAGAACAAGGUAUAUCACCUGUUUCAGAUGGAAAAAACGUGCAGCCUGCUUUGGACAGCACCCCUGAUCGCACUGAAAUGUAGUUUUUCUUACCAUAAGAGCACAAGUGUAUAUCCACGUUAUGUUAUCCAGGUUAUGUUGUCCAGACACAUAUCAAGGCAGAGUUCGGCUUUGCAAGACUCACACUGAAGUCCCUGCCCUGUAAAUACUUAUGGUCAGUUGAUGCUAUUAUUGGAAGGUUAAUGAAUUUUGACUUGAAAAGUCAAACUGCAAUUUGGAAACACAAGAUAAUGUUUUAUUAUGCUUUAUGAUAGUGGAAGAAUUGUUUAAGUUGACAAUUUUAACACCGUAUUAUAUGUC